GAAUGGGUUCAGGGCACUCGAAGAAAUGGCGACAUUGGAAGAAUAAGUGCGAUGAACUCUGAGCACUUCAACUGGCCUUUCUAUAAAAGCAACUGCAACCGAGUCUAACCAGCAACAGUUGCAACCGUCGAGUGGACUUCACAUUGACUAUGAUGCGGAUUUCAGGGCUAUUUUUGCUUUUGGCCAGCUUCAACUUUUGCCUGGUCUCCCAAGGAUAUGCCCAGUGCAUCGAUACCUAUGAGCCGGGCUGUAAACAGUUAGGGGAGAUUGGACUUCCUCAACGGCAUUGCAUCGAUCCCACCAAAUAUUGGCUGUGCCACGCCCUAAAUGAAAAGGCCGAGCGGAAAAAGUGCCAGCUGAAUACCGGUUUCGAUCAAGAUGUGGGCGCCUGCAUACCCUGGAUAGCCUGGAUCUGGAAACAGUGCAGAGAGCCACCAAGUCGUCCGAUUGGUUGGCAACAAUGUGAAUAGCAUUCGAAUAUUCCUGAAAUAAGCGAGAACUGUGUCUAUGUGCUUGAU